UCAGGGCCACUCCGCCCCCUCCAGAACCAGUCUCGGGGCUGGCCUCCGGCUCGCUCCCACCUGGGUGGUUCUUUUCAGUGUUGUUUCGGUGCCUGGCUCCUUUUUCCAUGUUUCUCAGUAGGAUUUCAACCUCCGAAAGGUAUCUCUCUUUCUAAUGCAUAUGGGUGUAAAUAUAUUUAGAGAGAAAGCCUUUCAAAUGGAGACGUCCUUUUCCGUGAUGUGAUAAGGACCACUCCUACCCUCUUAAAAAAAAAAAAAAAAAAAAAGACCCAGGCAGAUAAAAGAGAAAAAUGAAAAUAUUCCUACUCUGCCUUGACACUUUCUUGUCACUCGUGCUUACAAACAAGAUUGGGAUUUAAACCAUUGACUCCCCUGAUUCUCUGGCCUUUGGACACGGACUGACUUACACCACCACCUUUCCUGAGCCUCCGGCCUGCAGACAGAAGAUCAUGGGACUUCCCAGCCUCCGUAUUAAUGUCACACAGCAUCCGGGGAUAGGGGAUCUUAGUUCCCUGACCAGGGAUGGAACCUGUGCGCCGGCUGUGGAAGUGCACAGUCCUAACCGCUGGACCGCCAGGGAAUUCAAUACUUGAACACUUUUUAAAAGGUAGAUUUUCCCGGACUUGUAAGAAAACGCACUCUUGCCUCUCGGCCCCGCCCACGCCUCGCGCAUGCUCUGGACCCCGCCCACUCCUGGGCCCCGCCCACGCCUGUCACACACCGUCGCGGGCCACGCCCAGACUCUUGCCUCUCGCCGGUGCCAGGCUUGCUGUGUAUUUUCCCGCCAUUUCCAGCUCUUCUUGAGAACUGAUUGAUUUCGGUGAGAUCCGAGGCCUUUUGGGAUCACUGCGGCCAAGCAGAAUGGAUUGGUUUCACUGCAACCGGUGUUUCCGAAAAGAUGGGGCCCAUUUCUUUGUCACCAGCUGUGGCCAUAUUUUCUGUAAAAAGUGUGUGACUCUGGAAAAAUGUGCUGUUUGUGGAACUGCCUGCAAGUAUCUGGCUCUUUCUGAUAAUCUGAAACCUCAGGAGAAGAUGUACUUCAAAAGCCCUGUGGAUACAGCUUUGCAGUAUUUUAGUCACAUCUCUCAGCAGGUGUGGAGUUUCCAGAAGAAGCAAACAGAUCUCCUCAUCGCCUUUUAUAAGCAUAGAAUUACCAAGUUAGAAGCUGCCAUGCAGGAGGCACAGCAAACGCUGACUAACCAGGACAAAGAGCUGUCAGUCUUAAGGAAAGAGAAUGGAGAACUGAAGAAAUUGCUUGCCAUCAUAAAGGAAUCUCCAAGUUGGUACCAAGGAAGCAGGUCAACCACACCUCGACCAGUGGGCAUUACUUCUCCAUCACAGUCAGUUACUCCACGACCCAGUUCUCAGCAUAGCAGCCAAGUGGUCAGUCGGUCCUCCUCAGUGGAAUCUGUCCCUUAUAGAGUGGCUGGCUUUAGUAACUUGGGACAGGGAGCCAGAGCGCUGCAGGGAAGGAGCACUCCAAGAGACUCUUUUACUGAAACCCCUUCACCAGCUUCCACUCACAGCCUAUCUUAUAGACCUUCAUCUGCCUCCUCCGGACAGGGGAUUUUUUCUUUCAGACCAUCCCUAAGUGGUGGGGAUUCAGGUCAAGCAGGAGUCCUCACCCCCAAUAAUUCAGGUCAGAGGGAGAGCAGAACCACACUAGAGGGUCUUCCUGGUUUCCAGCUACCAGCCCUACAGAAUCUCUACCAACAGAGGCAGAUGGGAUUAGCCAGGGGGAGAGAAGCAUGGAACACUCCCAGAUAGACCAUCUUCAAGAUCUGAUCUAUACAUACUGCUGAAGGACGGAUGGUAGCAUCUCAUACUCAUUUAGGUGUGAUGGCCUUGGAAAAUGUACCCCUACCUUGUUUCCUGGUUUCACUCUGUACCUUCUCUCUCUCAAUCUUAACCCUAUACACCCUGUAUUACUUCCUACGAAAAUGGUCAGGUCAGAGCUUCAGGAAGAUGUUUAUAUCUCUCCUACAAGAUACAGAUAGCUCCCUUAUUUCCUGCAACUUGAAACAAGGUUAUAAAAACAAUUCUUGGCAUCAUUGGGGG